GGAUGAGUGUGAUCUAUUUUGGCAAACACCAUCUGUUUUUGGGUACUUUGGUCGCUCAUGAUAACGUGGGCAAACCCAUAAUCACUAAUCUCUAUUCACUCUCUCCCUCCAAGCAGAAAAUUGCUGUCGUUAACGUCAUACCCUCAAUAUUAAUGGUCUCUCUUCUUGGAUCCCUACAAAUGCACAACUCUUUUCCCCCUUAGACAUUUUUUGUUUGUCAUAAUUUUUGCUGCUGGUCAUAGUGGUCGCCGCCACCGUUUCUCGGUUUGGUUUCUGACCCAUUACCUAUUCUUCACCUAAUGGGUCAGCAAACCCACCAAGACUCCUACCCGGGUUCUCUUCCGUCCGCCUUGUCUGUUAAUGAAAUUCAUUACCAUCACCAUCACCACCAUCACCAUCACCACUCCCAUAUUGGAAUUGGCCAAAUUUCCCAACUUGGCCAAGAUUUGGAGGCUUCCAAUCUUGACCAAAAUCUUGACCCAAGCCAAUUCGAGCUUCCUGAAAAGGAAGACAAUGGCCUACCGUCGCCUUUUAUGAAGCUUGAGGGCUUGAGUCAAGAUGACAUAAGAGAAUCUGCCUAUGAAAUUUUUUUCACGGCAUGCCGGUCGUCCCCGGGAUUUGGUGGUCGGCACGUGCUUUCAAUUUAUGCCAGCCUCCAAGAGAAUGAGGCAAAGGCGAGCCAUGUGGUGAUGUCUCCAACGAGUAAGGUGAAGCGGGCGCUAGGAUUGAAAAUGAUAAAGAGGUCACCGUCUAGGAGAAUGGUGUCUGGUGGCGUUGCUGGAAUCGCAGCGUCAUCGUCCCCCAAAAACGGAUCUAAUAGUCCUAUGGUGAACCACAAUAUGCUUCGGCCGCGGCGGCCAAUGACAUCAGCAGAGAUUAUGAGACAACAAAUGAGAGUGACUGAGCACAAUGACUAUCGAUUGAGGAAAACUUUGACAAGAACCCUCGUUGGCCAAGCGGGAAAAAGAGCAGACACUAUAAUUCUCCCUUUAGAACUUUUGCGCCAUGUAAAGCCAUCAGAGUUCAGUGAUUCCACUGAGUACCACAUGUGGCAAAGAAGGCAACUCAAGAUCCUAGAAUUAGGUCUACUCCAACACCCUUCUGUUUAUGUAGAAAAGACCAACACAUUUGCAAUGCGCCUUAGGGAUAUCAUACGCAAUAGCGAGUCCAAACCAAUAGACAUUGGAAAGAAUUCAGACACAUUAAGAACACUUUCAAAUUCAGUUGUAUCACUGGCAUGGAGAGGCCCCAAUGGUGCACCUGCUGAUGUUUGCCAUUGGGUCGAUGGCUUCCCUCUCAACGUUCACCUCUACACUUCUCUUCUUCAAGCCAUAUUCGAUAUAAGGGAUGAGACUUUGGUUCUCGAUGAGGUUGAUGAGUUACUUGAACUAAUGAAGAAAACAUGGCCCAUUCUAGGGAUAAAUAAGGCAAUUCACAAUGUGUGUUUCACUUGGGUACUGUUUCAGCAGUUUGUAGUAACAGGGGAGGUAGAAUCUGAUCUUCUCUGUGCAUCACAUGCUAUGUUGGGUGAAGUGAACACUGAUGCCAAGAAGGAGAAGGACUCUUUGUAUAUCAAGUUAUUGACAUCAGUGAUGAGUGCAAUGCAGAGUUGGUCGGAGAGGAGGCUACUUAACUACCAUAACCAUUUCGAGCGAGGGACGCUUAGCCAGAUAGAGAACCUCCUUCCUAUGGUUUUGUCAGUUUCAAAGGUUUUGGGUGAAGAUCAGAUCAUAUCUGAUGGAGAAAGAGGGGAGAAGGCUGACAAAACCAUAGUGGAUAUGUCUGGUGAUCGGAUUGAGUCUUGUAUUCGAUCUUCCGUGAGAAGUGCAUUUCAAAAGAUUCUUGAAGAAGUAAAUACCAAGACUAUUGAGACCGAAAUAAAGGCUGAUUUAAGUGAUAUUCUACUUCGUUUGGCUCAAGAGACAGAAGCAUUAGCAUUGAAGGAAAGGGAAACUUAUACUCCAACGCUAAAGAAAUGGCUCCCAACGGCUGGUGCGAUAGCGGCAUUGACGUUGCACGACUGCUACGGGCAAAUUUUGAAGCAAUAUCUAAAUGAGGUGAAUGCAUUAAAUUCUGAGACUGUCAGGGUGUUGCUGAGGGCUGGUAAGUUAGAAAAGACUUUGGUCCAAAUGAUGGUUGAAGGUUCCCUUGAGGGAGAAGAAAAGGCAAAAGCAAUAGUAAAAGAGAUGAUGCUUUAUGAAGUUGAUACAAUCAUAUGGAACCUAUUGAGAAAAUGGAUACAUGAAUCGUUGCACAAGGGCAAAGAGGCUUUGCAAAAUGCAAAGGAAACAGAGACAUGGAAUCCAAAGUCCAAAGCAGAGCCGAUUGCACAAUCUGCUGUAGAGCUAGUGAAAUUGGCCAAGACUAUUAUGGAGCAAUUUUUCCAGAUUCCAAUUGGAAUUACUGAAGAUAUAGUUCAAGAACUUGCCAAUGGACUAGAAAAUCUCUUGCAAGACUAUAUCAUGUUUGUUUCAGCAUGUGGUACAAAACAAAGCUAUGUUCCCGUGAUUCCCUCACUGACAAGAUGCAACCGAAAUUCAAAGUUCAGUAUGUUCUUGAAGAAAGGAUGUCAAUGCGGUGGUGGUGGUUCAUCGGAGGCAGAUCACAUAAGUAAUGUAACAAAAGAAGGUCAUAAUCCUAGGCCAUCGACUAGUCGUGGCACACAACGCCUCUACAUUCGUCUCAACACCUUAUUCUAUCUCCUGACCCAUAUCAACUCCCUUGAGAAAACACUCUCUCAAAACCCUGUUGUACUUCCUUCAACUCGCCAUCCUUAUGGAAACCGUCGCAGGAGUUACAACAAUGGUUCUUAUUUCGAGAAAGUACUUUCCUCCCUUCCAACAGCAUGCCAAUACGUGGCAGAAGUGGCUGCCUACCGUCUCAUAUUCCUUGACUCCGACUCAGUUUUCUAUGAGAGCCUCUAUGUUGGCGAUGCAGCCAAUGCUAGGAUUAGGCCUGCAUUGAGAACCUUGAAGCAAAACAUCACACUCAUGACCACGCUUCUAACAGAUAAAGCUCAAUCAUUAGCAUUGAAAGAAGUCAUGAAGGCAUCCUUCGAAGCUUUCCUAAUGGUCUUGCUUGCUGGUGGGAACUCAAGGGCAUUUACUAAAUCAGAUUACCACAUUGUGAGCGAGGAUUUUGAGAGCUUGAAUCGUGUUUUCUGCUUGUGUGGAGAAGGACUAAUAGCAGAAAGUGUGAUGGACACAGAGGCUGCAAUAGUUGAAGGUAUUAUAGCAUUGAUGGGCCAAAGUACUGAGCAAUUAAUUGAUGAUUUCAAUAUUGCAUCAUGUGAAACAAGUGUGGUAGGUGUUAAUGGCCAUGGCUAUAAGUCACAAGUGCCGCCUACUACAGGAAGGUGGCAUAGAUCAGACCCAAACACUAUAUUGAGGGUCUUGUGCCAUAGAAAUGAUAGAACUGCAAACCUUUUCUUGAAGAGGACAUUUCAAUUACCAAAGAGGAGGUCAUAGAGAAAAGGAGGCUAGGUUGUAUCUCUUCUCGUAGUUAAUUCAAAAGAUCCCAAUUUUCAAUGCAUAUUUUGAACACACUCGUACUUUUUUACCAUGAUGCACUAUGGGGGAGGGAGCAGAUUGUAUUUGAAAGCACAAAAUGAUGUCAAAUGGAGCAAAUUGAAAGCAACAAAAUAUGUGCUAAACUGUAUUAUUACUGUAACAUAUUUUUUUAUUCUUUUGGGAGAAAAAAAGGGACAAGGGAAAUUACCACUAUGUUUGUUUUA